AUGGCAAUGACUACGUCUGGAUACAUCUCGAAGCUGUCUCGGUACGUGCAGAACAUCGGACUCGAGCAGCAUCACGGCACAUCCGUGGCAGCUUGUCGAACAUCUUCGCUGCUCAAAGGUCAGGGCAUACUCAAAAACGUCGACGGCGACGACAUUGAUUCGCGUGAUGUUGAAGGCUACCUGAAGCGGAACGGCCUGUCAUACACCCAGGCUCUUGAGUUCGCGGAAACAAGGAUCCUGAUACUGCCUGCUUUUUCUAGUAGCUCAAGCUUGAGCACAGCUCAAUCAUCCCCACUGAAAUGCAUCACUGCUGGAAACAAAUCCUCCAAAGCCUCACGUGGAGCACAAGUCAAGUGGUAUCUUCGGCAAAGCCCGAACCACGAUGCAAGCGCAGACAGAAGAAUGAUCUGCAACAUCCCUUUCGUCUGGCACUGGACAGCGAUGGAAGUGCAGAGCGGAGAAAGAAAAAGGGACUCCAACAUCCCUUUCGUCUGGCACUGGCCAGCAACAGGCCAGGAAGCAGGUCCGCCUUUGGUCUCGGCAUGCAGAAGAGAGGUGGCUGUCUUCGCACAUCCAAACGCCAGCUUUUCGCGCCAUUCUCACAAGCUAGCAGACCGACUUUCAGUACUUCUGGACGAAACAGAACCACCUUACGAUAGCCAACAAUGCGCGAUUCCGCCAAUGCAAUCGAGACUUGACCACUCCGUCGUGGAGUUGCGGGCUGGUCAAGAUUCACAGGACUCGCUGGCGUCGUUCUGCGUGGUGAACGUGGCCUCCGCGCCACGCUCGGACUGCAAGUCCUACAGCUCAGUCCUUUCUUUCUCCGCAUGUAAAAGGCUGCCUUGCGAUUUAGCCUCAGUCUGCAGCAGCAGGACCUUGCGGACGUUCUGCCAGGAGAAUCGAUCCUCAAUCACACGCUUCGGAGACAAACCCAACUUCUAUGCCGCCACUUUCCUGGUACUUUGCCUGGGCGCUGGGCUGAUUCCUGAUCACAUACCACAUAUCCCAAGCAAAUUCCAUCGCCGCCGCGGUCAUAUCCUCUUGUCUGACCUCGCGCGUGGUUCAACGCUUUCGAAAUACCCAUUCACGCUGCUUUCCGCUAAGGACAAGCCGCUCGACCGCCAACUCAACAACAGCGAUAUGCUUGCUUUCGAAAGGGCAGCAACUGCACCUCGGCUUGCUAUGCCACCUUCCAGUCUGCACUUUCUGUGCACCUUCUUUCUGCCAUGUUCAACAAUCAACACUAACAAACAAUACGGCUCUCGACCAGAACACGAAGAAGUAAAGCUCUCACAACCAUUUGUCAACACCUUCGAAGCUGGCUCACUCAGGAAGGCAAUCAGCUCCCUGAUUUGCGCCAAUCGAGAUCGGCUCACUCAUCCGUCCGAAAGCCAAAAUGGCCAACAUCGGGUGCUCAAACUCCAUCUGGGGCUCUGCUACACAUUUAGCGAGAACCAGUUCGUUCAGUUCUCUAAACCACCACUCGAGAAACGAAACUCUGGUCAACCUCUCCUCGCAACCGAGCGCCGAGUUCUGACUACGGCCCCUUCCUUCCAAGGCUCGUCUGGCCUAUGGGUCCAAUCCCAGCCCACUCUAUCGAGCAGACAUGCUGCAUUGAGCGCGAACGAGACUUCUAUCUUGAGAAACUGCAAAGGCUUGAUGAGGGCCUCGAUUCUGAACAGCUGGUCUGGCACGAACUUCCUCUCAGGCAGGACUGACGAAGGUCUCUUUCAGGACUUACAUGGGAAAGAGAAGGUAACAUACGAGGCGGAGAGUCAUGAAAAUGGUAUGACCGGUGGCGUACAGAGAAGGCCAAAGCGACGCAAGAGCAAGGACCGGACACUUGCUGCAUGGGUAUUGGACGAGAAAGCACUCUGGAAAUGGAGGACAUGGGAGCAAGGAAGGAUCAAGACUAGAGGAGAAGAUAAUCAAAAGCUCGUCGGGAAAUUCGCGAUUCAGCAGGCCAUUUGUUCGUAUUCGUGUUCGCGAACAUGCAUUGACCCCCGCGUCGUUCCGGACAGCGGCCAACACCCAAGACACCUUCACACUCGAGUGAAACGUCAACCACAAUCAACCCCGAUAGCGCCACCACAUCACCGCAUGAAUCGCAUCGCAUCGCCUCACAUGACGUCGAAUUGCCCAGCACGAGUCCACUACAUACCAGCACCCACAGCUUCGACGUCUUGGCGGCGCGCAAGUGCAAGCCCACAAGGGACAGUACAGGACGAGCAUGGACAUGGACAUGAAGGCGAGUAUGCCAAUGGCAUCAUGGCGAGCGAUCAAUGGUCAGCGGAAUCAGUGAGCCACGCCGACCGGCCCACAUCGACUUCGAGCAAAGCUGCUUCUCACGCACUCUUCGCUCCAACAUACAUCGCCGUAAAACUCGGCGCCGGCGCUUUCUCUGAAAGUACACGACAGCAGGACUGCGAGAUUGCCAAGGACGCUACUCCCGGCGGAGGUGUGGUCUUGGAACAAUGUCGGUCUAUCUUCUGUACGCAAAAGAUAUUGCCCAAUCAUCAGCGCACUUCAUCGCUGAGCGCCUGUGACGGAAGCCAGCCCGUCAUAGCUGCGACGAAGUGGACGAAAGCGCACUACAGCAACCGGAGAUGGAGGCCAGUACUCGCGCAAGAAGACGCCUACCGGAGCCCGUCUCAAGCGAGCACAGCCAAUGCGGGUAAUGGUGACAUUGAGAGCAACGAAGAGGGUAAGAGCGGCGAAGAAGCUGAGCGCAGUGGAGAGGCUGACAGCGACGCAGAGGCCGAGAGCAUCGAAACGGCUGACCGCAACAAAACAGCCAAAUCCAGCAAAGCAGCACAGAACAACGAGCCAGCCCAAAGCGAUGAGAAAGCCGCCGUGCGACCGAUUCCACGUCCAAUGGCUCACCGUGGCCACUACACCACUGUUGGCGCCACGCGCCGCGCCCAUCUUACCGUACCACUCCCCCAGGAAUGGCAGCAGAAUCCGAAUACGAAGACGGCGAAGGCAGAGACAAUGACGAAGGCAGAGGACAAGGUCACCAACCAAGAGGCUCAGGCACGCGAGGAGCAGGUGAUUUUCUCAUCAAGCGAGCUGGCACAGCACAAGUUGGUCAGCCUUGACCAUGUCUUUGGGGAUUGGAAGGUUGACGUGGAGACGCGCGAUGCAAAUCCACAGAACACCGAAAAUGGUAAGGAGUUGGCGGCGGCAUUGAGGGAGCAUGAGCUUGAUGGUGGAUUGCCUGUGGUGCGGACCGGAGGUGGAGAAAAGGCUGUCAAGUGGGAGGACAUCAGCUUCGGAGAUCUGUUCCCUUUGGAUGGGUCGGCUCAACAGGGCGACGAUCCAGCUUUUGGUUCGUACAUCCCGUGCAUGUACACCAGCAGCCGCCGCAUGAUUCACAACAAUCACAAGGCUGCCAUCGCACCAAGACAUGCUUGCGCGGACCCGCACGCUCCAACAUCGAGCAAUGAAGUUGUUUCUGAUUUUCCAUCACGAAGUGUCCACUUGGUCCAACAUCAGAUCCAACAGCACGGAAAAUUCCUCCAAAGUAUACUGACAGGCACCCGCAUAUGCCCGAAGAGUCGCUCGGACCAAGCACCGACGAAGGAUUCCCGGCGAUGUAUGCGACUUGGAGGGACUGCCAGCGGAGAAUGCUGUUUGUCAUUCAAGGUAUGUCCAGCGCAGAUCAAAUGGUCUUCCAGCCCACGAACCUACUUUGACAGGGAAUUCAUCGAGGAAAGGAUAAUCGACAUUCGGCAAUACAAUGAACCCACUCUCCAGGCCAGGCGAGACUACCAGCAGACUCUCUAUACUGCAGGAUUCUCGGUGAAAACUCACCGAAGCCAGUACGAUACUGCAAGGCACGAGCUCUCCAACUGGAUGGUCUUUGGCGAGCUCGGAAUUGCUGCUACAUUGAAAGCCCACAUGAUGUUGGGAGAAUGGCCGAAUGCGAGGACUGCGAAGGAAUGGCGAAAGGAUAAAAUGGAUCAGCAAGGCGGUCACGAUACUCCGCCGCCACCGAAGAUCGUCAAAAGGCCGCCCACCAGGCUGGUACGCUGCUCUCCACCCAUUCCACACCCUCAGCACCAGGCCACCACUCUGGUCAGCUACCAGCCUGGCAUACUGCUCUCCACCCACUCCACAUUGGUCCGUCACUCUGAUAUGCGUGGAAAGGAUUUGGCCGGCGACCGUCAAGGUCAGCAUUCCCGAGCCGCAGCAUUUCUCGUGUCCGCACAACAAGCCACAAAAUCUCAAUAUGUGGCAGCUUUGAAAAACGUCAAAUGUUUCUUGACGACAUUGUGUCCACGACUGCGGCAAAGCUGUUCCAUGGGCUGCCGCUACAUCGCACACGAGGAUCCUCUCAUUCCAAGCGGAGUCGAGGUCUCGGAGCUGCACCGGACGACAGCGUGCUUCCCAAUAGCAUCGAAUAACUGGCGCAUGCGGUGUGUCACAUCCGGAGAUAAGGUUUUGGAACCAUGUGAAGAUGGCGAUAUGAUUCUGGGGGAAAUUGAUGAAGUGGCUUCCCUCGGCUGGGCACAUACUCACAUUGCACAUCUCGAACAAUUUUUUUCCAUCUGGGAUACAUUUUUGGCGACGGCACAAAGCUCCCCAGUCUUUGCCUUGGAAAGGACUCGUCUCGCCACCUCUGCCGCAAUGCGACAGGGAAUAUCAUCGCAAGAAUUACCGCGCCAUCUUUCGAUAUGCAGUUCCAGCGCCAUAGCUGCCACAAGUCCCGCCGAACGAGCUUCAAUCUUUGAAUUGAAAAUGACCUGUAUCGCCACGUCUGCCGCAGAUGCGAUAAGGAGGGUCAUCGCAAGGAUAACCAUUCCAUCUUUCGAGGGCAGCCCCAGCACCAAAGCUGCUACAAGCCCCGCCGAACGAGCAAAGAGUGUCCAGAAGCUGCACAUCAUGGCUAUGAUACAGGGCUGGAAUUGCGAAGACUCUGGUCAUACUGGCUGCGACUGCUCAUGCCUUAUGCCUCAUGCCGACCAACUGCAACAUCACGUCUCCAAGCGCUGCAAGAAGCCAGCCACCGAGCAGGGUGCUACUGGCGAUGCUGCUUCCUCGUUCGAUGGUGACAUUCCCAUGUUGCAGUAUGCGAUGACCCCCAGUGUACACAUCGAAGGACAAGUGAGUAACAAACCGCAGUCAUUACGAGGAUCCGGACUGGGAGAGUGCAACCUGAUCAGCCACAAAAACGGUAACUUACGUGAAGAGCUGGCUAUGCUGCUUGCUCGUCCGAUAGUGACACCACCAUGUUGCAGAAUGCGAUGGCAAAUGGGUAGCCGGUCGCAGUCAUCACGAGAAACCGGACUGGGAGAGCACCUCCCGAUCAGUUACGAAUACAGCGAAGACGAGGCUCUUAUUGAGCCCAACCAAGAUACUCUCAAUGGACUCGACUCAAAUCAAUCAACCUUCUUCCGUAAGCUGGCCAAAAGUAACCUGAGAGGAGUAUGGCAAGCAUGA